AUGAUUUCCAGAGCUUUAAGAACACAUGCCAGAAACUUCAGACCAAGGGCUGUAGCUUUGCCUUCACUCAGCAUCAGAGUGCCUCACAUGGCUAAGCCUAUGUUCACUAUGCAAUCCACCAGAUUCAACUCAACCACUGACUCUUCAUCCAAACCAACAGACCAGGCAACUCUCAAGGUUGACCCUCAAUAUAUGAUUGCCUUCACGUGUAAGAAAUGUGACACCAGAUCGUCCCACACAUUCUCUAAGCAAGCCUACCACAAGGGAACUGUUCUUAUCCAAUGUCCUGGAUGUAAGAACCGUCAUUUGAUUGCUGACAAUUUGAAGAUCUUUGAUGACAAGAAAGUUAACCUUGAAGAUAUUUUGAAGGCCAAGGGAGAGUCUGUGGCCACUGGGACGGAAGAUCUUGCCUUUGAAGACAUUCCUGAUAGUUUGAAGAAGACUCUUGGACAUUAUGCCAAAGAUGCCCCUGAAGAGUAUAGAAAAGAAGACGAUAAUGAAGUCAAGGAACUUCCAGAGAAAUAG